CAGCUAUUUUGUCCCUUCACGCUCCCACUACGCUAUGGAAACAAGGAAGAGUAGGAAGUACGCUGUGCUAUGGCAAAAAGCAAACCUGAUGAUAAUCCAAAACAGUCCUCGUCAGCUGGAGGGGUGAAGCCGGAAAAGCUAAACGAAAUGAAGCGCUCUGAGCAAACCAAUGUGUUUUUCCUCGCUGCCAUUGUCGUGGCCGUGGCCGUCUGCGCGGUGCCACUGACGGCGGAGGUCUCUGCGCCUGACUCCCGUCGACACCUUGCUCUGAAGAUGGACGAGGCGCUUUUGACAGUCAGCAAUGACCUGGAGACAGACGUCCUGGUGUCCUGGAGGUCAGAGCGCUGUUACCAGUGUUUGUACCAGCACCUCGGGGUGGUGUCUGCAGGGAGAAGCCCUGGUCAGCCCAGUUCAGUGGACUUUGUUGUGAGCACACAGCAUGAAAUAGCUCUGCAGCUCAACAGCACUCCUGAGGUCAAGGAGCUCUGCAAAGUUCAGUUCCACUUUGGGGAGCAUGGGAACUACUCUCUGUGGAUGAAAAAUCUGAACAACGUCUCGCUCGCCAACUGCUCCCUGGUGACGAACUCGGACCCUGUCAACAGUAACAUACCGAUCUUGGUGGCCUUUUUCGUCUUUUUGGGACUGGCCUUGAUGUUUGCCAUCGGAAGUAGACUGUUGAGAAUUGGUGUCGUGAGGGAUCUCGUCCUUAGAGUCAACGGCUCCAUGGAGGCAGAGAGGCUCAUUAACUCUGAACUGGGGUCCCCUCGGAUAGAUGCACUAGUUACCGACAACAUCCUCCCUUCCCCGGCCAACGCCAGCAGGAGGCUUCGUUCCCUGGACACGUUUAGAGGUAUCUCCUUGGUUAUUAUGGUGUUUGUGAACUACGGAGGAGGACGAUACUGGUUCUUCAGGCAUUCAAGCUGGAAUGGUCUCACAGUAGCAGAUCUUGUAUUCCCCUGGUUUGUGUUCAUCAUGGGUACAUCCAUCGCGCUCUCCAUCAACUCCAUGCUGCGUGGGGGCGCGCGCCGUUCCUCUCUGCUCAAGAAAGUCCUAUGGAGGAGCACUCAGCUGUUUCUCAUCGGCGUCUUCAUCAUUAACCCAAACUACUGCACUGGACCAUUAUCGUUGGACAACUUAAGGAUCCCCGGUGUGCUGCAGCGCCUCGCCUGGUCAUACUUGGUUGUUGCUAGUUUGGACUUACUGGUGGCGAGAGGACAUCUGGACAUACUCACAACAGAUGUGUGGUGGUCUCUUGGCCUCGACAUAUUGCUGUACUGGCCAGCCUGGAUUUGCGUGCUUCUUCUGGAAAUCGUCUGGCUGUGCCUCACGUUCCUUCUCCCUGUGCCUGACUGCCCAACAGGAUACCUGGGUCCAGGUGGGAUCGGGGACAUGGGCCUCCAUGCGAACUGUACUGGUGGAGCGGCUGGUUACGUUGAUCGUUGGCUACUGGGAGAGAAGCACAUUUAUCAAACUCCCUCAUCAAGGGUGAUUUAUGCAACUCAAAUGCCAUUUGAUCCAGAGGGGGUUUUAGGAAGCAUCAACUCUGUCCUCAUGGCUUUCCUCGGAUUACAGGCUGGGAAGAUACUAUUACACUACAGAGAUGUUCCCACAAGGGUUAUUUCAAGAUUUCUAAUAUGGGGUCUCAUUCUGGGAGCCAUAUCAGCAGUGCUGACUGAGUGUUCCACAGACAAAGGUUUCAUCCCUGUUAACAAGAACUUGUGGUCACUGUCCUAUGUGACUACAUUGGCUUGUUUUGCCUUUGUAUUGCUCGUGCUGGUCUACUACACUGUUGAUGUCAAGAAAUGGUGGUCUGGGGCACCUUUCUACUACCCUGGUAUGAACUCCAUCCUUGUGUACGUUGGCCACGAAGUGUUUGAGGACUACUUUCCCUUCCGCUGGCGCAUGGCCAACAGCCAGUCCCACACGGAGCACCUCAUCCAGAACCUUCUCGCUACUUCUGUUUGGGUUUUUAUCUCCUACGUCCUUUACAGAAAGAGGAUUUUCUGGAAAAUCUAAAAGAGAAAUAAAAACUAAAUCAGCAGUUGUGCACAGCAAAUGCAAACAUUGUUUACAUCUAGAUUGCUGGAGAUAAAAUUUUAAACUUAUUUGGAUUGUGGGAAUAAGUAUUAAUUUGUUUCUGGAUUCAUUUGAAUUUCUCCUUGCAAACAGCACCUCACUAUAGUUUUCUUAAUCUUGCAUCUUUUGUUAAUGAUCAUUAGACUGCAAGACCAUUAAUAUAUAUCUUAUGUUGCUUGUUUUACAUUUUUUUGUUAAUGCUAAAGCACCAAGUAUUGUUUUUUUUCUUUUAAAUCAGGUUUUUGGUCUCUUAAUUCCAUUUUUUAAAUUACAUUUAAUACGUAAUAUCAGUGGCUUUAUAAUAUAAUUUUUUUUCUUUGAGCUCUGUAUUUUAAGACGUAACCCCAUUGGUUUGCUAAGAGAUAAAAGGGUGGGAAAAUGUGUUUUGGUAGAAAAGCAGACUUUAAUUGAUUUAAGUUCUUUCAUAAUGUUUGCUAUGUUUCUACCUGUUUUUUUUAACUACAUUUGCUGGGUAUUUCUACAAACAGCAGAUAUUUUCACACAGAUGUUUUAGAGCACAUUUGUAAGGAAGGAAAUGUAGAACAUGCUGGUUAUCUAAAUGCUGUCACAUUUUGGUAAAAUUGCCAAUCUUGUACUGUCCGAAUUAUUGUCAAACUUUUAUACGUGGUAUUUUUAUACAUUGUUUGAAAAGUAUUUAAUAAAGCUAAUUUAGAAUUGCA